UAUCUCGUCGCGCGGCUGCUCCGAGCUGCUAUCAUCACCGUCGCGCCUCUGAACACGGAGGCCAUCCUUUCUCUCUCUUGCAUUCGCACCCGUUCUGCAGCAGCCUUACCUGCCCCUAGUCCGCAACAUGGGCGCUCGAUCGCUCCGCUCGCUGGUACCCGCCGCGCUCGUGGCGAGCAGCUUCGCGUCCGUGCUGGCGGCGCCCGGCACGUCCGUCGAGCGGCCGCCGCCGCACCGAGACCAUUGCCGCUGCUUCCCCGGCGACGCGUGCUGGCCGACGCCGGCGGAAUGGGCGGCGUUCAACGCGACGGUGGGCGGCCGCCUCGUGGCCACGACACCCCUCGCGGCGCCCUGCCACCAGUCGAGCCUGGGCGACUACGAUGCGGCGGCCUGCCGCGCCGUGCGCGACGCGUGGUGGCUCCCGCAGACGCACCUGGCCUCGUCCUCGUCGCCGAUGGCGCCCUUCUUCGCCAACGCCAGCUGCGACCCGUUCACGGCGCCCGCGGCCCCGUGCCGCCUCGGCGCCUACGUUCGCUACGCGGUGAGGGCCGCCGGCGUCGCCGACUACCGCGCCACGCUCACCUUCGCCGCAGCUAGGAACAUCCGCCUCGUCCUCCGCAACACCGGCCACGACUACUUCGGCAAGUCGACGGGGCCCGGCGCGCUCGCCCUCUGGACCCAUUUCCUGAAGGACACCCAGCUCAUAGACAGCUACGAGUCCCCCGCCUACACCGGCAAAGCUCUCAGGCUCGGCGCCGGCAUCGGAGUCCUGGAAGCGUACCAGGUUGCCGACAGAGCUGGCGUGGCCAUCGUCGGUGGCGCUUGUGCUACCGUAGGCGUGGUCGGCGGGUUCACCCAGGGCGGCGGCCACGGCCCCCUCAACUCCGUCUUCGGCCUCGGCGCCGAUCAGGUCCUCGAGUGGGAGGUCGUCACGGCCGGGGGCCAGCACGUCGUGGCCAGCCCGGCGAAGAACAGCCGUCUAUACUGGGCGCUAUCGGGCGGCGGCGGAGGCACCUAUGCUGCGGUUGUCUCCGUCGUGGUGAGGGCGCACCAGCUCACGAAGGUGUCUGCCGCGACCUUGCGUUUCUCCACAAGUGCGAACGUCUCUACGGACCUGUUCAACCGUGCUGUGAAGACUUUUCUCUUGACGCUGCCCAGGAUGGGGGAGGCGGGGACUUGGAGUUCCUGGUUGAUCUUCUCUGGUGCGUUUGUACUGGAACCUAUUGUCGGUCCUAACCUUGAUAAAGACCAGCUCCAGGCUCUCCUCGAGCCUACGUUGUCCUUUCUGGAUAAUAACGGCAUCGCAUACAACUACCAGAUCCAACAGUAUAAUACUUUCCUAGAAACCUACACAAGAAUGUUUCCGGUUAAUAACAUUACCGAGUACAACAUUGGUGGGCGGUUGGUUCCCAAGUCGCUGCUCCAGACCAAUUCUUCGGCAGAGUCGCUUUUGGAUGCGAUCAACUUUAUUACCUCCCGAGGCGGGGUGGUGUCUGGCAACUCCAUGGACGUGUCGAGCUUUCCGAGCGGCGGUGUCCGUAAUUCCGUCAACCCGGUUUGGCGGACUGCCGUCCUGGAUCUGGUCAUCGGCCUCGCCUACGACGCCUACGAUUUCCAAGCCAACAUCGCGCUGCAGGACGAGAUCACCAAUACCCUGUUACCACGACUCGAGGCGCUGACGCCCGGCGGCGGGGCGUACCUUAACGAAGGAGAUUUCCGGCAGCCCGACUGGCAAGCCGACUUUUACGGUGCCAACUAUGCCAAGUUGCUGUCGGUCAAGGACGAGUACGACCCCGACGGUUUAUUCUACGGCUUGACGGCGGUCGGUAGCGAGAGGUGGGCUGUUCGGACGGACGGGCGGCUUUGCCGGACAUCAUGACCUUACUCCUUACAGACGGGAUAUAUUUGGUGUUAUUUCGUAGAUCGGAAGAGCUACGUAGGAACCGAGGUUGCUCUGCUGGGAGCAACGAAAUGUGGGAAGAAGAAGUUGAAUUAACUGACUAGCUAAGAAGGAAGGAAAUAAAUAAAGGAGAUACGAGCUACCUAUAUAUAAACAAUAGGGAGCUGCGAGCUAUAUUAUAUAAGCGAGUUAGGAGCUAGAUUAAGUAAGCGAGUAAACGGAGAAUGAAUAGAGAGCCAUGUAUAGG